UCUCACUGUAAAUGUAAAAAAGUCUUGUCUCACCGCAAACUUUAUUUGAAAAUCCUCCAUUGGAUCCAUAAUCCACAAUUACAUUUAGGGAAAUUCCUUUGUUUCCUUCAAUGUUACGUUUAUUUUGAAGAAGAAAUCAAACGAGAUUAACAAUGGCUACAAUUUCAACAGCUCGAAGCACUGCUUACCUUACAGCUCUCACACAAGAGAUUGAAAAAAAGCUUCAACGUGCAUUGACUUCGCCAUCGCUGAGGCGUAACUUAUUGCAAGAGUUAUUCGCUGAUAUAGCUUUGGAAGUAGAUGAUAGAGCAAAAGAGAUAAUACUCAGCAGCGAGGAUGCUAUUACGGUUGCAGAGGAACAGACUGAAGGACCCAUAUGCUACUACUAUGUGCUUGCUGAUCAUUUUGUCCAUGUACCUCAGAACGGAAAGCCGAUCCUUGAUCUGAUAGUCCAACUGUGGAGCCAAUCUUUCGCUUCAAAUAUAUUUUCACUCCUUUUCCACAAUUGUUCGAGGUUCAACUUGAAAAUUCUGAAGUCCUCCUCCGCUACUCAUCAGCUCUGGUUCAAGGAGCUACAAAUGUAUUCUGGAUUGACAUCCAAACAAAUACAAGGCGUUUCCAGAGUCUCUUUCAGGUCAAAUACCACUGACUUGAUUUCUAUUGUUGAAGUAUUUGGAGUAAAGUAUCUGCUUGAAGAUGUUGCCCUUGUUCCUGAGCGAUUAAAGAAGAUCCCUUUGCAGGCCCAAAGAGAUCUAUUUCUGUUCCUUUCCAGGUUCAUAUUUUUCUAUAACCUAGCUGACAGGCUAGGAAGCUUUUUAAGUCAAUUCCCUGACUUUCCAAAUGCUUUCUUGAUUGGUGGUCCAGCAGAUAUAUUUGUCACUGAACUAUCUGAUCAGCUUCAAAAACUAAAAGUGGAGCCAGUCUUGUUGCAUUACCUCUCCCAAUUGAAAGUCCUGCAAGGAUUAGAGUUGAGAAUGGCCACUAGCACAAGAUUGAAAACUUGCUUGUAUAGCUUCACGUCACCCGGUGCUCCCAUGUACCCAACAAGAGCUGUUCGGCAUGCAGCAUGGAAUGCCUUAGAUUUGCUAUAUCCUGUCGGGCGAUACCCUCGGCAUAUUAUAAGUCUCUUUUUCCGCUUGCUGUAUCCUUGGUAUUGGCCUUCUUCAUUUUGGAACUUUAUAAAGUCGUGCAUUCUGGCCAUAUUCUAUUCUCUUUUGAGGUUAAUAUUUUCUAGUUGGGAUAAAGUGAGGAGUAGAACAAAGGAGCAAUGAUGUCUGCACCAAUGGUUCUACAUUUAGCUUGUGUGGAGUAAUGUUGUAUGUGUUUUAAUCGAGAGGUUCGGUUCCCGCUGUAUCAAAGGUUUUUCUCCGAGCAUGUAAUUAAGAUACUGAGAAUUAUUGUUCUUUACCAAAAAAAAAAAAAAAAAAAAAAGGAAGAUACUGAGAAUUAUUGUUCUCGAAAGCAUGUUGGUGUAUAUCGAUGUAGAGCAGUAUAGUUGUCCAUUCCCCCCUAGUGGAUAUACUACUUGUGUGCUUUUACAUUCUUAGUUCAGGUUGUAGGCUCGACAGAAUUGGAGGCCUAAAAUGAAAUUUUAAUUAGAGGCCUAAAACAAAACAAACUUUAUAUA